AUGUCUCGCUCUCGAUCUUCCAUGUUCGGAUUCUUCUCCAAGAAGGCCACUCAGGAGACUCAGCUCCCCACGCUCAACGAGCUCGAUGCCGAUAACGACAUGCUCGCUACUUCCGCGUUUGACGAGAUUUCUUUGGACGACUCGAACACGAACGCCAUCACCCCUCGUUUCGAAAAGUUGCACGCACUAUACAUUUCUCGCACAGCUUCUCUCCGGUCUGCGUUGACGUCUAUCCGCGAACUCACCACUCGUGCCGAGAAGGCCGAGCACAUUGUCAGGGUUCGGGAGGAGAGGAUUAGUGUUUUGGAGGAGGGAGAGACUGCUGCUAUGGCCACCAUCCAGGAGUUGACUCGCCGUUUGCGUCUGGCAGAGGAGCGUGCUGAGCAAGCUGAGGACCAGAUUGAGGACUUGAAGGAGGGCCAGAAGGCCUUCCGCAACCAGAUCGUCCACCUUACCGACGAGCUUGGUCAGGCUCAGGAGGAGAUUACUCGCCUUUCCGCCUGGAGCGUGGAGGGCAUCGAGAGAUCUCCAUCUACUGCCUCUUCAUCUGCCGCUUCCAGCCCAGCUCGUGUCAGAAUUGCAAGGGCGGAUUCUGGCUACGAGGGAAGUUCCCGUGGUGGUUCUCCCGAUGUUGAGGAUGAGCAGGAGUUGAGGUCGGAAAUCAUGCGGUUGAGGAAGGAGAACGAGAUGUUGCACAAUGAGGUUGAGAGGCUCGAGCAGGUCAAUGACGAGGUUGCCAUGCUCUUGAACGGAGAGCUCUGA